UGCCCUGACUUGUUUUUUUUGCCUUUUUUAGGCUCUUCAAAAUACUGUUUUUCCUUAAAUAAAUAAUGCUGAUUCCAUGAAGAUGGUAUCAAAGCUGUCUUCCAACUUUCCUGCAGAUUUAUCACCAAGAUGUCGGAGGUAGAAAACGCUUUCCGUAAAUUUGCAGUAUACGGUGACACAUCCGCCAGUGGCAACGACAUGACAGGGAAAAACUUCUCCAAGAUGUGCAAAGAGUGCAGAGUGAUGGAUGGGAAAGCUGUGACCAGCACUGAUGUUGACAUUGUAUUCAACAAAGUCAAGACCAAGGGUGCCCGCACCAUCACCUUUGCCGAGUUCCAGCAGGCCAUGAAGGAGCUCUGCAUCAAACGCUUCAAGGGCAAAUCGCCGGAGGAAGCGCUGCAAGCUGUGUAUGGCCUCAUUGAAGGGAAGGAGCCCGGCAGUGUGGGUGCCACGAAAGCCACCAAGGUUGGUGGGGUUGACAGGCUGACGGACACUAGCAAAUACACCGGCAGCCACAAAGAGCGUUUUGAUGAGAGUGGCAAAGGGAAGGGUCUUUCUGGCCGCCAGGAUCUGACAGACAACAGCGGCUAUGUUGGAGCCUACAAGGGAGCUGGCACAUAUGACCAGACACACUAGAACUGAAACUGCCUAAGGAAACAAGGACUUUUCUCUUAUAACAUGAGAGGAUAGGCAAAUAAACAUCUCAUGCAAACA